CACGCUGAGGGAUGCAUUGGCUGAAAGUGAGGCGGGAAGUCCGGGAUUUUCCCAUUUCUCUCCAUCAUUCCCUUGUUUUGGAAUAAAAAACAUUAAAUGACAAACAGACUAACUUUACCACAAACACUCAUCGGGGAAGUUCGCUUUUGGGAUAGUACUGUCUAUUCGGACCUGUCCGUGUUUAAGGUUUCCAGACAACUAAUCCUCCAUUUAUUUAUUUAUGUUUAACUUGCUACAGCUCAAUCCGUCGUUUUUUUUUUUUGUGCGCAAUGGCUGGCCGUUUACAUCGUAUAUCUGCCCGUCUCCACAUGGAGGGGUUCGGGAUGGAUGCACUAUAAAUAAAUAAAUAACAACUCUGGAUACGGGGAAGAUUUCAGAGCGUCGUUCAUGAGAGCUCCUUACCUUUUCAUUUUGGGGAUCUACUUAGGAGUCUGUGCAGCGUUUUAGUUCAGAGCGCACUUGUGUCUGCCUCAACGAUGUGCUCCGGUGGGAAAUACGGUGUGUUUUUGUUCUUGCUUAGAAGUAUCCUGUCGGACCCGGGAACCACAAACCAAGUGGUUCUGUUGGACACUACGACAGUGCUAGGAGAACUGGACUGGACGACCUAUCCUGUCAAUGGGUGGGACGCUAUCACAGAGAUGGAUGAGCAGAACAGACCUAUUCACACCUUCCAGGUUUGCCACGUAAUGGAGCCAAACCAGAACAAUUGGCUAAGGUCUGGAUGGAUUCAGCGGCAGGCUGCACAGAGGGUAUAUGUGGAGCUGCGUUUCACACUGAGAGACUGCAACUCCAUUCCUUGGGUGUCUGGUACCUGUAAGGAAACCUUCAACCUCUUUUACCUGCAGACAGAAGAACCGCUCUCAGAAGGGGCCCGGUUUAGGCCUUCUGACUAUGCCAAGGUGGACACCAUAGCGGCAGAUGAGAGUUUUACACAGACAGAUCUUGGAGAUCGUGUUCUUCGACUCAAUACCGAGGUCAGGGAGGUGGGACCGGUGACACAGAACGGCUUCUACUUGGCCUUCCAGGAUGUGGGAGCUUGUAUUGCUCUCGUGUCUGUCAAGGUGUUCUACAAACGCUGCCCAUCGACUUUAAGGAACCUGGCAGCAUUUCCUAACACUGUUCCACAUAUGGACUCAUCCUCUCUGGUUGAAGUUAGGGGUGCAUGUGUGGAGAAUGCAGAAGAGAGGGACACACCCAAAUUGUACUGUGGUGCUGAUGGAGACUGGCUGGUACCACUGGGACGCUGUGUCUGUAGUAUUGGCCACGAGGAGAUGGAUGGCUACUGUCGGGCUUGUAAGCCUGGCUUCUUCAAGGCAUAUGCAGGGAACACUAUAUGCUCCAAGUGUCCUCCACAUAGCUCCAGCCAUGACCAGGCCGCCACCAUCUGCCACUGUGACAAAGGCUUCUACAGAGCUAUCAAGGACUCCUCCACCAUGGCUUGUACAAGGACUCCGUCGGCUCCCAGGAACCUGGUCUCAUUGAUCAAUGACACGGCUCUCUUCUUGCAGUGGAUGCCUCCUAGUGACACAGGUGGCAGGGAGGACAUCACUUAUAACAUCCUGUGUCAGCGCUGUGAUGGAAGAGAUGGAGACAGUGGUGUGACACAGUGUGAACCAUGUGAGCCAGAACUGCGGUUCAUCCCAAGGCCACUUGGACUGACUGGUACCUCUGUGGCAAUACUAGAUUUUGCAAUGCACGCCACCUACACCUUCCACGUGGAGGCUGCGAAUGGCGUCUCUGGGCUCGGGGUGUCUGCACGCUCGCUGGCGAAUGUUACCGUCAACACACACCAAGCUGGUCCAGCUCUGGUGGGUGUAGUCAGGAAAGACUGGGCCUCUCAAAACAGCAUCGCCCUCUCCUGGUCAGACGUGGAACGGCUGCCCUCAGACAUAGUGGACUAUGAAGUCAAAUACUUUGAGAAGGAGCAAGAGCAGCUGAGCUACUCCUCAACACGGACCAAAGCCCCCAGCGUGGUGGUGACGGGCCUCAGACCCUCAACUGUCUAUGUCUUCCACGUGCGCGUUCGCACUGCUGCUGGCUACACAGCGUACAGCCCCAACUUUGAGUUUGCUACUGCAGCUGAGGCAGAUCCUGAUAUCGCUGAUCAGGGUCAAGUUCUUGUGGUUGUCACAGCGUCUGUAGGAGGCUUCUCCCUGUUGGUCAUCCUUACCCUCUUCCUCCUCAUCACUGGACGGUGUCAGGGGUACAUUAAAGCCAGGAUGAAGUCGGAGGAGAAGAGGAGGAUUCGCUUUCACAGUGGACAUGUCCCAUUCUCUGGGAUAAAGACCUAUGUGGAUCCAGACACGUAUGAAGACCCCACUCAGGCGGUGGAGGAAUUCGCCAAAGAGAUAGACCCCUCAUAUAUAUGCAUCGAGAGGGUGAUUGGUGCAGGUGAAUUUGGAGAAGUCUGUAGUGGUCGGUUGCGCAUACCUGGAAGGAUGGACAUCGCUGUGGCAAUAAAGACACUUAAAGGUGGCUACAUGGAACAACAGAGGCGAGACUUUUUGCGUGAGGCUUCAAUCAUGGGACAGUUUGACAACCCCAACAUCAUCAGGCUGGAGGGAGUGGUUACUAGGAGUAAGCUCUAUAUGUGUAUCUGUCUGUGCUCUUCUCUUCAGCGUCAGUUCACAACAUUCUUUACUUUAGUCUCUUUUCUCUGUUGCUCAUUAAAAUCCUGUCUUUUACCUUUUUCCUCAGGCAGACCAGUAAUGAUAGUCGUUGAGUACAUGGAAAAUGGAGCACUUGAUUCUUUCCUCCGGGCACGUGACGGGCAGUUCACAGUGCUCCAGCUGGUUGGCAUGCUGCGCGGCAUCGCAGUAGGCAUGACCUAUCUUUCAGAUAUGGGUUACAUUCACAGAGACAUCGCCGCUCGUAACAUCUUGGUGGAUGAAAACUUGGUGUGUAAGGUGUCUGAUUUUGGCAUGUCCAGAGUCCUCGAAGAUGAUGAACCUGAAGCGGCCUACAAUGCUACAGGAGGAAAGAUACCAAUUCGCUGGACGGCACCAGAGUCUAUUGCUUAUGGAAAAUUUUCCACAGUUAGUGAUGUAUGGAGCUACGGCAUUGUCAUGUGGGAAGUGAUGUCAUAUGGCGAGAGGCCCUACUGGGAGAUGUCCAAUCAAGAUGUCAUUUUAUCAAUUGAAGAAGGAUACCGUCUCCCAGCACCAAUGGGCUGCCCUGUGACACUGCACCAGUUGAUGUUACACUGCUGGCAGAAGGAGGCUAACCAGCGCCCACGCUUCAACAAUGUGCUUUCUUUCCUGGACAAACUCAUAAUUAAUCCCAGUAGUCUGCUCACUCUGGUGAAUGAUGUGCAGAGUUACCCUGACUCCCCAGAGGACAUGCCAGACUACCCUCUUUUCAUUUCUAUUGGCGACUGGCUUGACUCCAUCAAAAUGAGCCAGUAUAAGAACAACUUCCUUGCAGCAGGAUACACAACACUGGAUUCCAUUUCCACCAUGAGUAUAGACGACAUCAGGCGUAUCGGGAUCUGUUUGAUUGGCCACCAGAGGAGAAUCAUAAGCAGCAUACAGUCUCUUCGCCUGCAGCUUCACCACAUCCAACAGAGCGGUUUCCAAGUGUGAGAACUUCGCACAAAGACAGACUGUGUACACACUGAGUCGGAAACCACUCAGACUUCCUUGGCAUCCUCAUUCAACUAAUUGCACAAACACCAGACUGUUAGGUGUAGCACAUGCUGCUCAUGCGAGGGCAGUCCGCUGCUAGACACACAUGUGGUCUAGUUAAUACACACUCCUCAUCUUAUGGAUCAUUAUCAAUACAGCCUCCACAACAACCAACCUCUGUCAGCGUUGGCCAAAUGCGGUCUCUUUAUUAUCUCAGCAACUACUAGCAUUCACUUGAAUUUAGGACUUAUUUUCUUUAGUGUCUAUUCAAGUGUUCACCAAUACCUCUUCUCUUUCCAAGUGACAAUCCAAUGGUUUCUAUUGACUUUGAAUGGUCUCAAGUCAGUUACCUCAAGACCAGAGAAGAUGUGGAUAGGACAGAAGGUAUGGUAAUGAAUGGUACAGGAUGCGAUUUUAAUAACAACCUUUCCGGCUGGUUAAUGAAACAAUUCACCAGAAAUAAAGAUUGACAGAAUGGUAAAUAUACAAUCAUGUUUUUUUGAACCGAAGACCGCUGAAUGUCAAAAGAUUUUAUAGAAAUGUACGUUCUAUCCUCAUGAUAAUGCAGUAUGUCUUGUAGAAAAAGUCUUGUGAAAGUUGUAUGUUUUAAUCAGUAUGUUUGUUCCUUAAUAAACAACCCUAUUUUAA